AUGACGAAAAACUGCGCAAAGUGCUGCAAUGCAAUUACGGGCAUCGAUUACGUCGUCUGCCGCGGCUAUUGUGAUGCAGCUUUUCAUAUGAAUGCAUGUUCUGGUGUAUCUCGCGCGCUGCAGUCGUACUUUACAUCCAACAGAAACAAUCUUUUCUGGAUGUGUGACCAAUGCGCAGAGCUAUUCGAAAACUCGCAUUUUCGUGUUAUCUCACGUCAGGCCGAUGAAACAUCUCCUCUCCGCACGCUUACGACGGCGAUCUCUGAGCUACGCACCGAAAUAAAGCAAAUGCACUCUAAACCUGUAGACCAUUUUUCACCCGCUACAAGCGUACGCUGGCCAGCGCUUGAACAGCGCAGAGCUGCAAAACGACCUCGUGAGAUCGAACCCACUAUGCGUGCUGAGAGUUGCCAAGUAGGGAGCAAAAAGCCGAUGGCAAAUGUUGUUUCAGUGCCUAUUUGUAGCUAUGAUACCGAUCGGAGGUUCUGGCUGUAUUUAUCAAGAAUUCGUCCUGACGUCACCACGGAAUCGGUAUCUGCCAUGGUCAAAGCCAAUCUCGGGAUUAAGGAUGAUAUUUCUGUGGCGAAGCUCAUCCCAAAAGGUAGAGAGUUGGAUUCCCUCACUUUCUUAUCCUUCAAAAUUGGGCUCGACCAAUCAUUGAGGGAAAAAGCACUAGAUCCAUCAACAUGGCCUGAAGGGUUGCUUUUUCGGGAAUUCGAAGAUUAUGCCGUACAAAAAUUUCGAGCUCCACCGAAGUUCAAAAAGCCUACUACACCGUUGCUACCACCAGAGACUAUAUCCCCUCCAAUCGUGCCUAUUUUGGAUUUGAAUUUGAUUCCUCCAGCCCGGGACGCACCAGUUUAA